CUCCUAUCACCUCCCAAAUUCAUCCAGCCAUGCCACCCAAAAAUCCCGGCCUUUUCUACCGAAACGGACGCGAGGAAACGUUCACAGACCGCCCAAUCGGCCGGAGCAAAGAGACAACCUCAUGGCCCGAAGAUGGCUUGUAUCCCACCGCUACACAGAUGGCACUUUGCGGCUUCUAUUAUACCCCCACCAAGGCCAGUCUAUACAAAGCUACAUGCUUUCUGUGUAAAAGGUCUGAGACGCUAUGGCGAGGCGUGGAAAACCCAGCGGCGCUACACUUGCAAACCAAUCCUGAAUGUGCCUGGGCGCAGCUCAUCUCUUACUACCUCUUUGCCGAGUCCAAAACUACGAUAGACUGGACAGCGGUGCCCAUGUUCCUGGAGCCGUUCGGCAAGGCGUGCUACACCCUUAGAGAACAGACGUUUGGUCGCUGGAGCGGAAAACACCACACUAAGGAGGACAUGCUCAACGCUGGGUUUUUCUUUAACCCAGAGAACAAAGAAGACGACUGCUGCCAGUGUAUGUACUGUGGUGUGUCGCUAGCUGGGUUCGAGCCAGAGGACGACCUCUUCAAGGAACAUUGGGACCGCAAAGACAGGCUCGGCGUGGAGUGUUAUGCGAUGCUUAAGCACCAGGAGAUGCAACAGUCGGAUAAACGGACCAGCGGAGUCACAAUCGAGCCACGGAAGAAGCGCAAGUUAAGAGCAGUGACAAAGUCUCCUGAUCCCGUUUCCCCAGCUGUGACGUUGAAGAGAAACACAAAGUUCAAUGAAUCUAUCGAGAUGCACAACUCCAGUCCGGAAAAACCAAAGCCACUGGGAUCCCCGAAACACGUGUCGUUCUCUGAGUCGAGUGACGAGGCAGAACCCAAUAAUGGCCUAGUUGAAGUUGAGCCACUGGAGCCCAAAGACGUAGCUGAUCAUGACGCAGCUAUCAGCCUCAGCUCUGAUUUGGAAGGAGAAAACAACCGCGAAAAAAUCCCGACCGCCAGACGCGCUAGAAACACAUCGCUUCGAUCCUUACGUGCGACAGUUUCGUUGGAGCCUGAAAGGCUGCGCCAGGCAACCAAAUCGCCACGCAGAGAUGACCCUCUCAGAAGCUCACGGUCUAUCUUCGAUUUCCCGAGCGACGACGAGGACGAUCUCUUUGAUAAGCGUGAAUCCUUGGGGACAAAGCUCAAGUCACAGAGCCAGCUAACCAAUGCUAUGCCGCUAAAGGUUGGGGCAAAGAAAAGCUCUCUGCCAGCUAAACCACUAAGAGCUGCCACCCCAGUGGAGGCUAAUGCAACCGUACUGGUGGAUACCACUGUUAGAACCAUGGCUUCCGUCCCAAAUACUAUUGCUAAAUCAUCGAAGGGUGUGAUUCUUGAUGCAGACCAAAAUACACCUUCACCGGUCCAUCCUGUGGGAAACACCUCUCAAAGGAAGCCUGGCAGCUCUCCAAUCAAGUUCAGCAUGAUUUAUUCCUCUGAUGAGGGUGAAAAGUCAGACAGGGACGCUUUGGCAGAAUCUACUCCACAUGCGAAAACAGCUCAUAAGACAGUCGGCACAGAGAGAAUUCUGAAAUCCAAAAUUGCUCUCCAGUUGACUCUAGAACCUUCACCACUGUUAUUAUUUCCGCAGUCGCCAUCGCCAUCUGCUAAACGUAUAACCGAGGAUGCAGUUGGUGCAACUAUGAGUUCAGGAGAUGAUUCCUUCCAUUCUACACGUCUAGCCCUGGAGUCAGAGCUCAUUAACGAUGAUGAGGAACGCAAAGUGCAGAGAAAAGAUACUGAAAUGACUGUUGUGAGAAAGUCGGAAGCGAUGGUGCUGGUGCCAGAAAAUAUGAAUAUAGAAGAAAAGGCUAUUUAUGAAGAUAUAGAGAACAAGGCUAUAUCUGAUGAAGGGAAUGCGAAGGAAAAGGCUAUUUCUGAAGAUGCAAUUGAAACAGUCAUUAGCGUUCUGAAUGCAAUGCACACCCACGAAAAUGAAACCGCUCUGGAAGGAACUGCUAUCUCAGAAGAGAUCACCCUGGGCCAUGAAACGCUUACCCGCGAAGAUGCUGCUCUGGUAAAGGAACAAAAGAAGGAUAUCAAAUCACUGGUGGCGAUCAAUGGGAAUAAGGUUGCACACCAAGAUUAUAUGCUCUUGGAGUCCACCCGAGCUGACUCUAGCCACUCAAAAUUGGUUCUCACGCACACCCCAAAUGUCAAACACAAUUUCAUUGAAUCCAGCACGCCGGUGAUUCGCGACACUGAGGUGUGGGUGCCAUCGAAAGAGAAAAGGGUAUUUGAGUUGGUUAGUGACAUGGGUACUGUCUCACAGUAUUUGGGCAACGUUUCCGCGUCCCACUACGAGUUGAAUGACGAUAUGGAUGGGACGCUAACCAGUUUCAUCGCCAACAUGCCGGAGGAGGAAUUAGGAAUGACGAUUUCGGAGUGGAUCCAGUAUAUUUCGAAACAAGGACGCUCGAUGUUGAUGACGUCAGGUCUGUCGAUGCUCAAAUACUACGAGGAAGAGUAUAAGCGGGGGUUGGCGUUCUUGAACAAGCUCCCAGUGGUAGAGAAAGGCGAUGAUAGCGACAUGUCACUUACGUCUGACAGUGACAUGGAUGACUACGAUUUGCAUUAACCCCAUGUAAGAGUAUUACCCACUGAGGUAUGAGCUUGGGGCUUAUCUUAUUGAACCAUGCUAUUGGGUACAAGUUAUAGGAGAUGAUUCCACCAUUACGCUGAAAGGGCGUGCCAGAGAGUACACCAGCAUUUUCAGUACCAAACUGUUGUUGGUACUGGUUUAAUCUUCGUUUCCGAUUGAUGCACAUUUACUGAUCUUGACUUUUGACUUCCAACUGAGAAUUUAUCAAUCUUUUCUCUGCUAGUGUCAUUUAUUGUAAAACCAUCCAAACCCUCACCGACGGAGAAGCCCUACCAUAGCCAUAUAACUUCAGAGCCACUAUGUACGGGAAAAAAUAAAAGGAGCUUGCGGCUUUUUAGGAUUUAACCUCAUAUCCACUGUAAUAAUUAUAGA